ACAAGCCUGGACAACAUGUAUUGCUAUGGACAACAACCAUCAAAGUAAUUACAAACUCAAAAAAACUGAGAAGAAGUUCUUAAGGAAACAGAUUAAAGCCAGACAUACUUUGCUGAGACAUGAAGGCAUUGAGACAGUAUCCUAUGCCACUCAGAGCCUGGUUGUUGCCAAUGGUGGCUUGGGUAAUGGUGUGAGUAGGAACCAGCUGCUCCCGGUUUUAGAGAAAUGUGGACGGGUGGAUGCUCUCUUAAUGCCACCCAACAAGCCCUACUCAUUUGCAAGAUACAAAACUACAGAAGAAUCCAAGAGUGCUUAUGUUACCCUCAAUGGAAAAGAAAUAGUGGAUGAUUUAGGACAAAAGAUCAUUCUGUAUUUGAAUUUUGUGGAAAAAGAACUGUACCUAUCUACAACUUUGAGGGACACAGGAGCACAAUGGAAGGAGUUGGGGCCUCAGGUAUUACCACCAGGCCUCAUGGUAAUAGAAGAAAUAAUAUCUUCUGAGGAUGAGAAAGUGCUUUUGGAAAGUGUUGAUUGGACAGAAGAUACAGAUGAUCAAAAUUCUCAGAAAUCCUUAAAACACAGAAGAGUAAAGCAUUUCGGUUAUGAAUUCCACUAUGAGAACAACAAUGUAGAUAAAGAUAAGCCAUUGCCUGGGGGUCUUCCUGACAUUUAUGUUAGCAUUUUGGACAAAUGGUUGAAGGAAGGUUACAUUAAGCAUAAACCCAAUCAAUUGACCAUAAAUCAGUAUGAACCUGGGCAUGGAAUUCCUGCUCAUGUUGACACUCAUUCUGCUUUUGAGGACGAGAUCAUUUCUCUCAGUUUGGGAUCAGAGAUCGUCAUGGACUUUAAGCACCCAGAUGGUGUCACAGUGCCAGUUAUGUUGCCUCGUCGGAGUUUGCUGGUGAUGACAGGAGAAUCUAGAUACCUUUGGACUCAUGGAAUCACACCCAGAAAAUUUGAUACUGUUCAAGCAUCUGAGGGUCACAAAAGUGGAAUUGUCACCAGUGACGUUGGAGACUUGACUUUAAGCAAGAGGGGAGUACGAACAUCAUUUACAUUCAGGAGAGUGAGGCGAACACCUUGUAACUGUAGUUACCCUUGGGUCUGUGAUAACCAGAGGAAAGAGCGUCCUCCCUCGUUUCCAGAGAGUGACAAGGAAGCCUGCCAGCUGGAGCAGGAGUAUGUCCAUCGCGUUUAUGAGGAGAUUGCCGGACACUUCAGCAGCACGAGACACAGCCCUUGGCCACACAUCGUGGCAUUUCUGAAGGCUCUGCCAAGUGGGUCCAUAGUGGCUGAUAUUGGAUGUGGAAAUGGAAAGUAUCUCGGCAUCAAUGAGGAGUUAUUUAUGAUUGGUUGUGAUCGUAGCCAAAACCUCGUGGACAUUUGUCGAGAGAGGCGGUUUCAGACCUUCGUCUGUGACGCGUUGGCAGUGCCGGUCCGCAGUGGGUCUUGUGAUGCCUGCCUCUCCAUUGCUGUUAUUCACCAUUUUGCCACAGCCGAACGUAGAGUGGCAGCUCUCCAAGAACUUGUUCGACUCCUGAGACCUGGUGGGAAGGCCCUCAUUUAUGUCUGGGCAAUGGAACAAGAGUAUAAGAAGCAGAAGUCCAAGUACCUUAGAGGAAACAAGAUUGGCCAAGGAAAGAAAGUGGAGAUAAACAGUGAUACCCCAGCGCAAGGGUUGCUUGUGGAGCAAAUGCUUGACAUUGGUCAUGAAAACUCAGUAGAUUCUGUCCCCUCCAUUAAUGACUUUCAGGAGGGAGGAUGUCAUUCAAGGAAAGUUAUCACUGCCAAGCUGCCUAUUCAUACGAACAGGACUUCUUUUUAUUCUCAAGAUGUACUGGUUCCCUGGCACCUUAGGGGAAACCCUGAUAAAGACAAACCUGUUGAGCCCUUUGGCCCAGUAGGAUCCCAUGACCCAAGGCCUGUGUUUCAUCGUUACUACCAUGUAUUCUGUGAGGGAGAACUGGAAACAGCCUGCCAGACUCUGAGUGAUGUCACCAUUCUGCAAAGCUACUAUGAUCAGGGAAAUUGGUGUGUAAUUCUUCAAAAGGUCUGAUUAUUUAUGUGAAUAUAUCAUAUAUAGCGAAAGAAGCGCUUACUUUUUUUUUUUUUUAGAAAAAAGGAGACUAAAUUAGUUAUCCUUUUAAUAAAAAGAAAACUUGUGGGAUGAUACCAAAGGAGAACUCCUGAGAAGCCCCUCUGGAAAUAAGAGAAUCAUUAGGAAACAUUCCAUCUGCUACCAUUGGCUGACUUCAUAGAUGAAGCUCCUUCUACAUCCCUGCUAGUGAUGGCUUCUAAAAUUGAUUGAAGUAGUUUGUGCAGUAUUUACAAUCCCUAGGUAAGAGUCCAGCACUUUGAAGAUAACCUUUUGUUAUAAAAUGUUACUAAAUGUGCUAAAUCAUGAGGAUCUUGGUGAAGUAAUUAUAAAACAUUUUAAUAAAGAAAAUAUUCUUGGUCAAUA